CCAUUAUUUCCGCAUUUCAUGAUUCCGUUUACAAGGGGGCAGGUCCCGAUUCAAUGCAAAAUUUAAUUUAGAAAAUGACAUUAAGAGUUUUCUCUGUUUGAAGUAAUACAUUCUGAUUAAAUCAUGAGUUUUGGAGUGUAUGCCACAUAAUUUAUAAUGUCAGGAAAGAAAAAGGCGUAAGUUUUGCCAUUUAUUGUCUUUGUGUUUAAUUAAUUUAAUUUCAAAUCACAAACUUGAAACAGUGAAAGUGAACCACAUUAAAAAAAAAUGACAAGUAGACUAAGUAGUUGAUUGCAGGUUUUCGAGUUUCAGUUUCUUGUGUAGUUGACUUCAGGAAAUGGAACACUCAGAUCUUGUAUACGGCACAGUGAGGAAUAUUACUAUCAAUGGGAAGCGUUAUACGCAGUCGGCUGCGCAUAACCCUGAGAGUUAUACGCAAUUGACUGCGCAUAACCCUGAAAGUUAUUCCCAGCCGACUGCGUAUAACUCUCAGGGUUAUACGCAGUCGGCUGGGAAUUUAGCAAAAUAAGGUUUAUUACCGCUAGUUUGGCAAUUUCAAAAAAAGUAUUAUGCGUAAUUAGCAGCAUGAUGGGUUGUUUAGAACUAGAACUCUUAAUGUGUUUAACGUAAGACGUAAAAUCUUAAUUGAAUUAAUUUUAAUUAAUUUUGAAUAAUAGUAAUAGUAUUACUGCUAUUAUUAGUAUUAUUGCUUGUAUCUGAUAAAUUAUAAGUCAAAGUCUAAAUUUCUUAGUCUAAGACUAAGAAGAUGAUUAUGCCUUAAGGCAGCGGUUCUCAACCUGUGGAUCGCGACCCCUUUGGUGGUCGAAUGACCAUUUUCCAGGGGUCGCCUAAGACCAUAGGAAAACACACACGCUCAAAAGUUACGAAGCCGCAACGAAAAUAAUUGCGUGUUUGGGGGUCGCCACAUAACGUUGCGGCUUGUACAGAGGAAACCGUUGCGUAUCUGAAAACUGCCCUUGGGGAAACGUAUGCGUUUAAUCUGGACGACAAAAGGGCACGUGUUGCAACGACUGCGUCCACACGGCUUGGUCCCAAAGUGGGAGGGGGGAGCAAGGGCAGUUUUCAGAUACGCGACGGUUUCCUCUGUACAAGCCGCAACGUUAUCUACGCCAUUGUCUGCACCCGCUGUCAGAUGACAUACAUAGGGGAGACUGGACGCCGUCUCUCGGACAGGUGUACCGAACACCUCCGAAACAUUACACAAGAUAAACAGUGUCCCGUCUCCAAACACUUCAAUAGUAGCGACCACCGGGGCAAGGCGGACUUUUCAAUAAGUGCGAUUGUGGCUAGCACUAACACCGCCAGCCGGGUCAAUUUGGAACACAGACUUAUCCUGACUUACGGCACUUUGACGCCAGAUGGGAUUAAUGUUAUGUCUCUGUUCACAGCUUGACCCUAGCUCCGCCCCUCCACGUUCUGACCUAUCACAGUGAACAUUUUUCUCCCCCCCUUUUUUCGCCGCUGCAUAUUUAAACUCUCAAUCAUUUUCCUUCUGCCACACUUCUAUUGCUGCCCACAGAUACUACUUACCAGCUAAGUGCUCUUUCUUAUUUUUAUUUUUAUACCGUUUUUUCUGUUGUUUUGUUCGCUGACGAAGGCUUUCUGCCGACACGUUCGCUGUUUUGUUGCGUUUAUUUUUUCAGGUUUAACCCUACUCUGUUUUACUCAUUUUAUUUUGUACUAACCUGAUUGCAGUCUCUCCCCUUAUUACCCCCUUUUUUAAAAACUCUGGUCAGCAUUAUUGUUUGCAGAUACAUAUUUUUCCUUUUAUAAGGGUGAGUACAGGAAGAGGUAGCAACCCUGAUGGGGGAAAUCGAUGUACUCUUAGGAGCGGUUUGUCUGCCUCGAUCCUCUCCUGUCACUCAAAUGUCACCUGUUCAUCCACGCAGCUGUUAGAUUGCAACAGUGGCCAUAUCCUGGGCAACAGCUUCUAUUAGCCGGGUAAACCAGGUGUGGGUAGCUGAUGGUCCUCAAACCCUCUGUGAUUUAGGUCUGCCUACCUACUGCAUGCAAAGCCUGGACGUUGACGGAGGAAACCAUUUAGGUUCAACGGAGGUGAAGGCGAUUACAGCAACACACCGUGGAGUACGCAGAGCAAGAUGAGGCACAUAGAACAUCUUGGUCAUCCACUGCAUCCGUACCCAUUUCCGGUCGUCUUAACUUAGUCUUGCCACUGGACACGGUGGGUCCGGACGAGAGAGUGAGGUUGACACCGCACAACUCUUUCUCACUUUAAACAAAGUCACCCGUGCAAGUCAUCAGUCAUCCACCAACAUCCCCCUAACCUUUAGGUGACCCAAUGGUCCUAGUCGACUUCGACGGACGAACAACAACCCAAGUUUUCAUUUCAUAGAUAAUAGAUUAACCAAUAUCCUCAAUAAAACUUAAUCUUCCCCACAAAAAUACAAAUUAAAGUCAAAAUUUAAGGCAUUAAGUAUUAAGCAGCGGCAUACACUUGGUGCAUAACAAAGUAGACAUUUCUUUGUCAAAAGGGCGACCUCCACUAUUUAAUUUACUGGUGGCAAGGCCUUUCAAAGUUUUGUUUACCGAAAUUGUACAAAAAACAGGAAGGUGUUGAGAAAUUAUUAUCAUAAUUAAAUAAAUUCAAUUUCGGGGAAGUCAGAGUUGUCUUGAGACUACGCCUUAUCAUCUUGAUAGUGUGGUACCUUUAUCGAAUGUAUAGGAUCAAGCUCUUGAUCAUAUUGUAAUUUUAUAUGUGUUUCCUGUUUUCCUUGCGUUGUCGGCCAUCUUAGCUGUUAUCACAAUCAUUGCUCAUGCGUCUAAUGAUACGCUGGGCGAUACACCCCGGCUGAUUUACUCAUGCGAUCGACUAUUGUCAAUGAAUGUCAAACGUAUACCCUUGACUGCUAAUUUGGUGUAUCGACUGAAAGAACUCUCCAUUGGUCGAGACCUGCCCCAUAAGCGUAGCCAUCGUUGUGGUUAACGGAAAGUUGGCGUUCAACGAAAGAAGAAGCAUCUUUAUCGAACAGGUCGUCGGAAACGGCGUCCACUGAAAUACCACCAUGGGGAACAAUAACGACGGAGAUCAGCCACAUACUGUGUCAUCCAUCGCGACCAUUCCCUAGAUGUCAAUCCUAGGAACACGGCCGGUGGCUCAUGAUUUCACACCGCCUCAACGGGGCGUGACGAGAUCAAAUUUAGUUGUUGUUGACUGUCAGGCUUUUGUGAAGCCGCAAUCACUUCAUUUCAGAGUGCUUUAUUUCAACUCCCAGUCAUGCAGGAAUAAGACAAUUGAGGUGUGUGAUCUUGGUUUGGAGAGCAAGGCCGACCUUGUGUUCAUUACUGAGACGUGGUUUUAACAUGUCGGAGAUGAGGUCAAGCUGCAAGAAAUUACAACUCCGGACUACGUCCUUCACUCUUUCCCACCACAGUCGCGCAGUGGUGGGGGUGUUGCUGUCCUUUACAGGAGCUCCCUCAAGAAUAGUGUGGGCUUCUCAAAAUCAGACGAGUUUGUUUCAUUUGAGAUGUGCAAGAUGCAACUUUAUUAUGGUGAACAGGCCAUGACAUUUCUGUGCAUAUACAGGCCACCUCCAAAUUGGCAAAAUAAUUUGAAGAUCUGUCAGUUUGCUGUGGAGUUUUUACAACUCCCUGACAUGUACGCCACCACCAACAACGUUAUCAUAUCGCCGACAUAAACUGCCAUUUUGACUCCACCACCACCAACUACGAGAAGACCCUAAAAUCAGCUCUCGACACACACGGAAUGACUCAGCUUGUCAGUGUCCCGACGCAGAAGCUGGGGUCACAUCCUAGAUUGGCUGGUUGUCAGAGAGGACCGUGCAGCUAUGAUCCGCAACCUCAUUAUUGAGGACAAACUUAUUUUUGAUCACUUCCCAGUCACCCUUGACUUGAGGAAGCCAGGAUGCCUUCUGUGCACAGCCACAUCCCUUGACUUCCAAAGAUAGAUCUAGUGGCCUUCAGAUUUGACGUCGCAGCCCUUGGAUGCAGUGAAGAUAACCCUGCUACAGACUACAACAGUGGCCUCAGAGUCAUUUUAGACAAACAUGCACCACUGUCCACACAGCGAGUUAUGGACCGCCCUUCUGCUCCAUGGCUCACGCCCAAAAUAAAGGACGCGAAGCAGAAGCAGCGACGUGCAGAACGCAAAUGGCGGAAGUCUGGCCUGACCAUGCACCGACAAAUCUUUAUUGAUCACAAGGAAGGAAUUAAGAAGUUGGUCCUUGCACCUAGGACUGAAUAUGUCAGUUACCAUAUUGUAGAGUGUUGCUCUGGUAGGGCAUUGUUUCGUAUUGUGGGUCAGCUGACCGGUAAACAGAGGAAUACAUCUUUGCCAAAUAACAUUGCCGUGGGCGAGCUGCCUGACGCUCUCAAUGAGUUUUAUAUAAAGACCGAGCUGGUCCCCAUUGCUACCGCUCAAAAGCUAAAAUAUAUAAAUAACACACAAACCCUUGCUCUCUCGGUAUACAGAUUGAGUUUGCUAAAACAGUGCGAAACCUGGAUGUCUAUUUAGACAGAACACUAACUAUGUAAAAUUACAUUAACAUGCUUUGCAAGGCGAUUUUUCUAGAGCUGCGCAGAAUUAGUCAUAUCAGACCUUUCUUAACGUUAGAUGCAUCAAAGAAGCUGAUGUCUGCAUUCAUGCUUUCACGCAUGGACUACUGCAAUGCUCUUAUGGUGGAUCUUCCAGCUACGCUCCUAGAUAAAAUUCCAAAAGCACAGAAUAAUGCGGCUUGCAUCAUCCUUCGCAAAUGCAAUUUUUGACCAUGCUAAAACACCUCUGAGAGAGUUGCAUUGGCUGCCGGUCCACGCUCGCAUUAAGUACAAAAUUGCAACUCUCUGCUACCGCUGCUUGCAUGACCUGGCACCAUCCUAUCUCAAAGAGCUGCUGACGCCUUAUGUACCCACUAGACAACUCCGCUCAUCUGAUCGUGGCAAACUCUCGAUACCACGUGUUCGCCUUGAGACUUACGAGGGGCAUACCUUCCCAUUUGCUGGCCCAACAAUUUGGAACACCCUUCGAGUCGUCCGGUGACUGAUGACUUGUGCUAGUGACUUUUGUUUAAAGUGAGGAAGAGUUGCGCGGCGUCAACCUCACUCUCUUGUCCGGGCCCACCAUAUCCAGGGGCAAGACUCUACGUCAAGACGACCAGGGAUGGGUACGGUUGCAGGAAUUGUCAUUGUAUGCGCCUUACGGGACUCCAACUCCGGGUUUGAAUUCAGAGUUUCCUUCUCUUAGAUGAGUUGCCGACCAAGGUUAACGAGUUAACUUCCGGCUACAACAAGAUGGCGGUAUAAUAAUACACAAAAGGAAGGAAUCUCAGUGUGAAGGCACAUCAGUAAAGCAAGGGAGAUAGUUAAAAAUGAUUAUUGGAAAUUGGCUUCGGCGCAAGUAAAUUCGAACUUUUAAUUAAUUUUAAUUGCUUUGCAGUUUCAUUCAGGAUCUUUUAAUGUACUAGACUAUGUACCACGCUUCGAGCCUUUGGGGAUGAAGUUUGAUUUUUAAAUAAACUUUAUUAUUAUUAUUAUCAUUGUUUCCCCUUUUAUAAUCGAUUAUUGGCAUAAUAAUAAAUUUCUAUAUCGGCGCAUUAGUCAAAGCCGACAUCUUGAUUGUUCAAUUGAGAAAUUAUAUUGAGAAAUUGAAUUUGGUUUUUGUGGCAAGUUAAAAAUAGGUUACCAGGGAACAUUUACUAAUCAAUAACUUUUUAAAAAAAUGUUCUUAAAUCUAUAAUAUCCAACAUUCAUGAGAGUAGUCAGUAAAUAAAGGGAUCAAAAGCAAAAAGGUCACUAUUUUAGGCUUUAGGCUACCGGUAUCUAAUUUGUAAUCAUGGUGACCAUGCUUGUUGGCAUAUUGCCUAUUAUUGAUGGCAGCUGUGGGAUAGUUAAUAAUUAAUUAAAUUGGUUAUACAUAAUAUAAAUGGGAAAAUGUAACUUAUAACUUAUAAUAAAUCAUUUAAAUAAAUAAAAAAAGUUUUAUAAUCUUAAUAAUUAUUAUUGACUUUUAAAUAUCAGUUGUUUUAAUUUUGGGGUUGGUUGCCAUGGACAUAGGAUUGAUUACACCUUGUCUUAGACUUUCUGACUUAGGCCUAUUAAGAUUCAAAGUGGCUAUUUGCACCCGGGUACCAUAAGUGAGAGUCUAAUGGGACCCGGGUCAGAAUGUGAUUAAUACUAAGUUGCAACGCCACACCAAAUUUAAACUUUGUAUUUUUAACAUGUAAUAUGUACAGUAACACCAUUUUAUCCUAUUUUAUGUAAUAUCUUAAACAAAUCCUGUAAAUAAGUCAUUUUUUAUAGUGAGAAAUAUCCAAGAAACAUGGGUGAAAGUGAAGAGCUGAUAAAUGGGUGACAAAAUGUGGAGGAAAACUCAAUGGUAAAAAAAUUGCCUUGAGGUCUGCACUAAAAAAUUCAUAAUUAUUGAACCACUUGAGCUAGAAGGUUGAUCUUGGUUUUUUUUCUUUGUAAAUGAUUCAGUUGGCUCUAUUCAACCAUAUUGUAUUAAAUAUUUUUAGAAAUAUUUUGAAAAUUUCACCAGAUUACCUAAAUUAAGUACCGGUUUGAAAUAUUUAUCACAUCAAUAGUGAUGAUUAUUAGUUAUAAUGUGAACAUAUCAAAACUUGCGUAUCAUAUAUUAGCAAGGAUCCUUGUCUAACACCUGCAUUCAUAAUCACAUCCACUUUAUAUAUUAUAUGCAUGAUACUAUUGACAGUGUGAUGAUUGCGGACUCAUUGCUAUCAGUUGGGUAAAAUUUCACUUCUUUUACUCACUGAUGAUCAACUUCAAAUAAUAAAUAUGUUUAUUUUGUGUUUGUUUUUAACCCCUCUCCCCAUCUUCAUAAAAAGUUAGACAAAUAUUGUCAGAAACAUCUGCCCUAAUCCCCCUCUCCCUAUCAAAAUGAAAAAGUUUCAAGUCACUUUUAUUGUUGCUGUAGUAUGAAUUAAUGUUGCUGUGCAAUCUGAUUACCUGAUCCAAUUUCAGUUUUAUUAACAAAUAUUUUCUGCUCCGAUUGUCUUCUACUUCUAAGCAACAAAAUUUAAUAAUUGGCAAAAUAAUGAUAGGACGGUUUAAAGAUUGUAAAUUUAAUUGCGCUUCCAUAUCCUGUAAAAAUCAACAGUCCUGGAGAAAUUCACUUUGUCCACUACUGUCUUGAUUGUAACCUUUUUGUGUACAAACACUAAAAGAUUCCUAUACUAAUACUAAUGACACAUGAAAUUACUGAAUGUGUCUGAAACAUUCCUCAAGAGCUUUAACUAAUAUUAAGAGGAUUUUCUCCAAUCAACAAUUUUUUUGUUCCAUUCUACUUCAUGAAUGUAGCCCUAAUUCCCAGACACCCAUCAUGUAUAUUUUCAACAUAAUUUAUAGACUGUCAAUGUCACUGCACCUGUGACUUUCAUUCUCCAUGUUGCUGUGUUACUUGAUAAUCCCUGGCCAAUGUGACAAGGGUUUGAACACUUUUUGCAAAUUACAUUUCCCCAAAGUCUUGAUUUGCUCAAUAAUAAUGACGGUAAUUGUAGUUUAAACAUGAAAACAUUGAAUCAUAUGCCAUCAGUGAACAAUCCAAAUUCACAAACCUAUAGAAGGAAAAUCUGAUUAUUAAACAUUGUUUUUAGUAUAAAUAAAUUAGUGUAAAAAUUGUUGUAAAUUCGUGUAGAUUGUUUUAAUUACAGCUUUUCAUGUGACAUCUCAUUGAUUAAAUUGUCCCCCACGUCACAAAUUAUGUGACCCCCCCUCCUCCUACAACAUAUUAGAUAGUUAAUUUGAUGCUACUAGCCCAUUGGCAAUCUUGGCAUUGGAGUAAGUAUACCCUGUGUGGGAGGGGGGAGUCUGCAAAAUAAGUAACCCUGUUUGUCAGCAACGGUUGUUAAAACUGUAUGUUACAAUAUUGUGAAGAAUUCAAGGAUACAUUUCUCUUGUAAUUAAUAUUUGAGGAAGUAGAACACCUAAAUAAACAUCUACAGGAUUCUAUAUAAGUAAUAGUGAUAGUUCAAUUAGCACAGAACGCAAUUCGGCAUGGUUUUAUAAUUAACAAUCAAGUUUCAAUUAGCUUGAACCAUACUUUCAGUUAGUCUGAUAAUUAGUCAAGGCCUAACCCCACUGAACUUAAAGUCCAUGUAUUUCUAGACAUCAGUAAUAUAUUCUUUUUUUCCACAUUGAAACAUUUAAAAAAAGGUUACUGUAACUGUAAGUGUAAGUUGAAUGUCUGUUCAGAAGACCAUGGAUUUAAAACUAUUUUCACAUUUUUCUUAUUUUAAUACAUUACCUAAUAAUACUAUGUACCAGUAUACAGAAGUUUAUUACCUGAAGCAUUUAGACUAUACCAUUAUUUUACAUACAUAGUAAAAAAAAAAAUUGUCAAUUGCCCUUGCAAUGCAUGCCCUGACAUUUCUCUGUUGUCAAAAGGAGAAAUCAAUUUAUUAGAAGACAUGUUUACCAUCUAUUAAAUUUAAUCCAAUUCUUUAUUUAUUUCUGAAGUGAUCUCAAGGUCAUCAUAUUGGGUGAUUAUGAUGUGGGUAAAACAUCGUUAAUUUGUCGAUACAUUGAUGGCAAGUUCCAGACUCAAGAACCAGUAAGAUGUUACCAAGAAUUAUAACUAUAAUUAUCUAAAGUUGUAUUUUUCCUUUGUUUAGUAUUCAGUAAUGUUCAUUUUCAUAAAUUGUUUUUUUUUAAUUUAGUAAGCAGAUUUGAUUGAUUGUUUUGGGGUUUGUAAAAUAUCAAAGUAUGUAACUUUAUCUUUAUACUAUCUGUCUUUCAGACCGUAGGUGCUGCAUUUUUUUUAAAGCAGUGGGGACCAUAUAAUGUUGCAGUUUGGGUAAGUCUAGGAAAAACUAAAAUUAUUUUUAAAAAUUCAUUUCUGAAAUUUUGUUGGUCACUCUCCAAUAAAAUAGAAAAUGUAAGGUUUUCUUACAUUUUCUUGUACCGGUAUUCAUAAUCUUACAUUUUAAUGGAGCAUUGUUUCACAUUUAAGUGACAAUUGACUGAUGUUAGUUGUACUAGACUAGACAACCCGCUGCGUUGCAAACGUCGCAGAAUUGCUAGCUGGCUCAGAGCUUGUGGGGGUGUGCGCAUGGCUGGCAAGCGAGGGUGGUGCAGGAGGGGGGUGAGGGGUGGCAACUCCACAGCAGUGCGCAUGUCUUGAGACCAACGAUGGGCAGGCAAGGGAAGGGAGGGUUUGCCUGCAUCUUGCUUGCUCUGGCUAUAUCUAUAUAUAGCCUGUGUCGUCGUCUUCAUGCCCUAGUUUUUCUGGCGUAUUAUAUAUAGAGAUAUCGUCACUACCUGGUAAUAGAAAUAGAAAGCAGCUUUUAAUUUUUUUUUUAGUAAAUUUAUUUCCAUUUUUCCCAACCCCCCCCCCCCCCUCAAUCUGUUUAAUAAACUUUAUUUGAAAAAAAUUAAAUUGUCUUUGCUGUUGGUUUAUGAACUUGUUUUUUCUCAUAUCAAUUUCUUUGCAAAGGAUACUGCAGGGGAUGAAAGAUACUCAGGGCUUUCACAUUUCUACUGUCGUAGUGCUGGUGCAGCUAUCCUGGCAUUUGACUUAAAUUCCCCCAAGACAUUUGAAUCAUUAUGGUAAAUUUGAACUAAUUAUGCUGCUCGAAUGUUUUUUUCUUAUUGGUUACUGGGUAGCAACUCUAUAUUAACCAUCUUGGGGCUGGGACAAAAGAUCUCUUCUGAUAGAGUGGCUGUUUCAAAACUUUAUUUAACGUCCUCAAUGUUGACACUGAGCUGAUGACUGGAUGUAUCUUCUGUUAUGCACUGUUUUAAAGAAUAUAAUCCAAAAAUUAAAUGGGGCUUUCUCUUACUAGGUUAUUAUUUACCGCUUAGGCAAUGUUUUUUUUUUGUUGUUUUUUUUAAGUUUAGUUUUACAUAUAAAAAUUUAAAAAAUCAACAUCCUUAAUUUUUUUUUUCUGCUUUUUUUAAUGAAAUAUUUCAUGAUCCUAUUCACCUUCCAUUCAGCGUAAGUAGUAAUGAAACCAUUUUUAUACUGUUAUACAAAGUAAGCAGUGAAAAAUGUGACGUUUUCUUUCUUCUUGUCAUGAGUAAUUCCCUUAUCACCCCCUGUAAAUCUGUGAGUCCCCCACUUUUUUUUUUUGACAACCUUACUAUCAUGUGACACCAUAUUUAUAGGGAUACAUUAUUUACAUUUCUUGCAUUCUUGUAUUCUUGCUUUUUUAUCUUACACUGAUGCUUUUUUCAUAACCAUUAAGAUUCUUAAUUAAUUUUUUUAGCAACACAAAGCUAAAACUUAUGACUUAAAAUUUGAUAAUCUUUGUAAAAUAAAUAUGUCAUGUAUAUAUAUUUUCAAUGCAUUUUUCCUUAGGGCUCGAUUCGGAAGCAUAUUAGAGGCAGCUAAUGAAGACUGUCUUAAAGUUGUUGUUGGCACUAAACUAGAUCUUCUGAACCAGUCAGAGCGUGAUAUCACAGCGGAAGAGGGGAAAAAAUUAGCCAGGGAACUCAAUGAGCAUCUUGAUCUUAAAAAAUUGCCACAUGAGCCUUACUUUGAAACAUCUAGCCUCAACAACCAAAAUGUCAAGGAGGUUUUCGAGUACAUCUUCCAGCAUUGCCUUCCCCUCAGUGCAGACCAACAGAAAAGGUACAACACUACAGACAGAAAAAGUGUUAUAGAUUUAAUGGAGGAUAGUGGGGAACACUCCAGGAAAAAAAAAUGCUGCUGAUGGGAUUAAACCCUUUCAAUAUUAUUGACUCCUUUUGUUUAUGUCCACCUGUGGCACUGACAGAGUGGGGCUUCUUAUCUCUGGCUGAAAAGCAUUGCAAACCAAUGCACAGUUUUUUUUAGUUGUUUUUAAUUAAUCUAAUCUGCUGCGGUGUUCAGCAACCUUUUCUGAGUGAGGAGCCAUUUUUUAAAUUAUAUCUGCAAAGAAAAGAUUUUUGGGAGAUUUAUGUCAUUAUAGAUUAGAAUGCAGCUUGCUGACUAGUGGAAAUAUCUUGUAUGAUUAUAUUUUCAAAAUUACUUUAAAAAAAAUAAGAAUCAUUUCAAUCCUUUAACGAAAAACCUUGAUCCCUUGUAAUACAAAAACAAGCUUGCAUUAAAUCUGAUUCCUUUGAGCUCACAAAAGAUGCUUUAGAUCAGCCCAUGCAAAGUUUGGGGCAAAUAUGGCAGAUGAAUGCUGGUUGGUAGAAGCUAUUGAGAAGAACCCAACAGAUUUUUUUUAAAAAAUCAUUACCAUAGAUUUAAAUGUAAAUUCUCAUUUAUUAACAAAUAAAUUCUGUCUAAUUAUAUAAAGGUUUGUGUAGCCAAGUUGCAGGUCCAAGAAUAAAAUAAUAAUAUUUUUAGGAAUGUAUUUUACCAAGUACUGAUGAAAUCAACAUAUUUUUGUUGACCAACAUGUUUUAAAUUUGUUUGGAAAUAUGCCUUGAGGGUGUUGUCUGCAUGUUGGGCUUGUUUGAUUAAUGUUUGUUUUUUUAAAAUGGAAGUUAAUUUCUUUUACUGCUAAACUGUAUAACUAAAGUUAUUCUGUGAUAUUCUCUUGCUACUUUAUUUAGUUAAAAUUAUGCUAGUUUUUCUUGUGACAUUUCUGUUGAAAAAAAAAUAUGCAAAACAUGAAAAUGGAUGUUUUAUUGUUUAGGAUAUUUAUUUGUUAAUUUAAAUAAUGGGACCAGAUAACAAAAACAAACUGAAAAAACUAAUAAAAUUAAAAACUGUUAAUAAGAAGAAAUGUUUAAAAACAUGUCUUAUAGACUCUUGUGUCUAUCAGUUUGGUCGUGCCGCAUUACUACUAAAAACAUUGAAAUAAAAAAAAAUAAGAUAUCAAAUAUAACUUUAUUUACCGAUUAUUAACAUUAAUAUUAUAUUUAUAAAUUCUAACAACGCCUUUCAAAAUACAAGUUUUAAUAUAAUUAUAAUUGAUACAUGUUUUUAUUCAUGCAUAAUUUACUGACAUGGAGGCAUGAUGUAGAUCUGUGUUCAAAAGAUAAAACUCUGCUUUUUUUCCCUAUUUAUUGCUAUGACAUAUUUUCAAAUCCUACUAAUUCUGUACAAAUACUGUUCAAGUUUGAAAGUGUUGAAAAGAUUUUUAAAUUGCCUGCUCGACUUGAAAUGUUUGAAAGAAUGUCUGCAAUAUUUUAACAUUAACCUAUGGAUUAACACUCUAUUUACGUAAUAUAUCAUGCCAUAGAACUUUUGUUUUAAUUUUAUUGUAAUGGGGCCAAAUGCAAAAUUUUAAAUUUUCAGUAUUAAAGUGCUUAUGUAUACAAAUAUAAACAAAAUGAUCAUAAACUAUACCUGGUAUUCAAUGUAUCCAAUGAUUUCCUUUCUUGAAAUUUAUAUUGUCUGAGAUCCUGCCCCAGGUCCAACCAUAAUUAUCUUUCUUUUAGGGCAACUCUGUUCUGUUGACUUUAACUCUUUCCGUUGCAACUGGGUGCAUAUCUGAAGACCAGAAUGUGACAUCUUGAGUCACCUUUUAAUAAUCUUUCUCGUACUCUACUUAAUCCACAAGGUAGUUGGAAUGAACACCUUGGUGGAUGUAAUUGUAUAAAGCAUGCGGAAGUGACUUAUUUUUUGGGGUCUAAUCUUAUUUUUUUUACCAUUUAAACUGGAUUGUUAACAUUUUUUUUUGGUUGUUGUUUAUUAUUUGAGUCCGUGUUUUGGGUAGAGGGGUUUGCGAUGUAACUGUGCAUGGGUUUCAAGGGAAUACUUCACUGGUUGCAAGGGCUACUCAGCAGUGGUGUUACGAACUGGGGGAUGGAAUACAGGAGGCAAUAGACACAAAUGUGUAGGUGCCUCAAUCAAGCCACAUUGUAAAAAGAAAAUAACAUAAAGAGAGCCAUUUACUGUGAUAUAAUAUAUAUGUUCUGUUGUUCGUCCGCCGAAAUCGACCAGGACCAUCGAGUCAUCCGAUUAGGGGGGAGGGUGAGCUCAUAGGUGGCUUGCUAGUCCGAUCAGUGCUAGGAAUAAUCUCUGGCACUGCAGGUAGGGGAUAGUUGCUGCAGUCGGUGAUCAAAUAUUGCUCUUUCGGGCUAUCGUACGUGACUCAGCUGUGGUUAUCCUACUGGCUUCAUGGGAUUUAGCCCCCUUCUUGACAGCUGCUCUCCACCUGGUUCUGUCCUGGGCUGUCUGCACCCAUUUAGUAGGGUUGAUGAUGAAGGCCUUUAGUGCAGCUUUCAGUGAGUCUUUGUAACGCUUUUUUUCACCCCCUUGGGAGGCUUGCCCAUCGUGAGUUCUCCGAAGAAUAUCUGUUUUGGGAGACAGUGGUCUUCCAUACGGGCUACAUGUCCCAUCAAACAGAGUUGAGACUGCAUCAGCGAGGAACUCUGUGUCAGGAACUUUGUCUUGCCACCUGAUGCCGAGGAUUUUCCUGAGCCAGGUUGUGUGAAAAUUGUUCAGUUUCUUGGCGUGACUCUGGUGGACAGUCCACAUUUCAUAUCAGUAGAGCAAUGUCGAGAGGACUGCUGCGCUAUAGACCUUGAUCUUCGUUCCUCGUCUGAUGCCUCUCCUGUCCCAAACAGUGCUGUGGAGCCUGCCAAAUAUGGCACUAUCUUUUGCGAGUCUGGCAUUCAUUUCAUCAUCCAUGACGACAGAUCUGGAGAGGGUGCUGCCCAAGUAAGUAAAUUUAUCCACCGCGUUAAGACGUUGUCCGCUGAUGAUGUUGGGCUUGCUGGGAGCUGGCUGAUACAUCAUCUGAGUCUUCUUUGUGUUGAUUAUGAGGCCCAAGUUGUUGCAGGCCUCAGAGAAGACAUUAACGCUGUGUUGCAUCGCGGCUUCUGAGGCAGCGUUGAGGGCACAAUCGUCCGCAAACAGAAGCUCAUUGAUGGUGUUGUGCUUGAUCUUGGUUUUAGGUUUAGCUUGAAGCCUCCUAAAACCGGAUUGGCAAGCCUGUGGUGGAGUCCUUGAUCGCAUCAGACAGCAUUGCAGAAUACAUAAUACUGAAGAGUGUGGGAGCCAGGACACAGCCCUGCUUCACACUGUUUGUGACAGGGAAUGCUUUAGAUGACUGACCGUUGUCCUACAAUCGGGCCAUCAUGUAGCUGACAGAUGAUGUUGGUGAACUGUGAUAUAUAACACUAUGGGUAUAACCCACCCGGUUGCCAGGAAUCUUCAUAAACACUUUUCCCCAUUAUAAUAAGUGUACGGGUGUGCUACAGCCAGUCACUAGGGACAAUCUGUUGCGACUGAAAGAAUUAAAGUUUUAUCAACUGCUGUUAUGAAUGAUAGAGAUAGAAAUGUUAUUUGAAGCCUGUGAAACUCAUUACAGUAGUGUGUUUCUGAAGGUGAGUUUCCUCUUGAUAUAUUAUUGCAACAGCUUGUUGAUAUUUUUGUCUAUAAUUUCUUGUAGUUUCUAUUAAAGAUUACUGUUAUUUACUUAGCAUGCCUUCUUCUAAAAUAUAUUGAAACAAGAGUACAUCCGGAGAAUUGUGACUCAUUUAUGCUGGAGAAUUGUGACUCAUUUAUGCUGGAGAAUUGUGACUCAUUUAUGCUGCCAAUGUCAACAUGCUUUUUUUACAAGUAUUUCUGUGUGUUUUUGUUGUGUGAGAAUAAUUCCUAAAAGAUUGUCUUGAUAAGGCUGCUACAUAAUCAUCUGACAUUGCAGCUGAGCAUAAUAUUUUAACAUUUAGAAAACUAAAACUCUUUUAAGACUUUAAUGGGGAUACCCAAUGAUUCACUAACAUUUUACUACUCUGGAUUUAACUUGUAUGGUACUGGUACUUUUUAAAUAGUUUGUAUUUUUAUAUGUAUAGAUACAUACAGGUAAUGUAUCCUUCUAUAUACCAAGAAUGAGCCAGUGUAGAUGCGUUACACUUAGAUUCUUAAAAAUAUUGAUAGCGAUUUCGUAUAUUUUACGGACAUCAAAAUCAAUUCAAAUGCGCUCUGAUUCUUAAAAACAAUGAUAGUGCUUUUGUAUUAUUAUACGGAAACAAAUCAAUUUAUAUAUGAUAAAAUAAUAUAUGCUUUUAUGAAAGUAUUUUUAAUAUGUAAGUAAAUUUAAAUAAUAAUUUUUUUUAUAGUCCAGUUCAGUAACAUAAAAAAAAUGUUGGGUGAGCCUUAUUAUAUAGAGGAUAAAGAUUUCUCAAAACCAAAUGAUGCUAGAAAUUUAAAUAUCUAUACAUGGACUCUUCUUUAAAGAAAGGAAAAGUCUGAUUUACUAUUUCCUAAAUAUACAUUUCAAAAGUGUGGAAAAUUUUCACGAUUUGUUUUUUGAGGAUCCUGCAACAGUUACAUUUGUAAAAAUUAGUAGAUUUUUAAACUGCACAAUAGCAGUAGCAGGUAGAAGUAGAAAGUAUAAAAAAUAUGCCUUCGAUAUUUAACAUAUGGCCUAUGGUAACAACUGGUCAUAUCUUCUAGUUUAUAGAUAUAAAUCGGCUGACAAUUACCUUACCGAUUUAUUUUUCCUGCCAUUUAAAAAAACAAGAAAUGAUUCGCUUACCCUAAUAGGCUAAACUCAUCCCCCAUUUAUAUUUUUAAAUAAACAACUGAAUAUUCAUUCUAAUUUUUAGUUUUCUUUCAAAAGAUUAUACUUAUAAUUUAAAAACAAUCUUUUAUAAACUAAAAUGAAUGAUAACCAGGAAAAAACAAAUAAUUACUGGGUUGGUACAGGAAGCAAAUUUGUUUUAGUUCCAACCUCCCCGGUAUCUAAUGUGUAUAUAAGUAAAGGGUUAGGGUUUACCAAUCUUCUCACAAGGUUUAUGCUAAUAACUAUAUUGUAUCUGUGACAUAUUUAGGUUUAAGCCCUUCAAGGAAUGAGGUUGGGACACUAAGUUUUAGGAUAUUCCCCC